ACAGCAAUAACACAUAAAUAAUAUUCUCAAGCGACGGCACAUUAAUUAUUUAUAUCGAAAUAGAAAUCCUGACCCAUUAUGACGAUGUAUAUUCUGCUAAAAAACAAAUUGGACGUGAAAACUAACCUACACUAGUUUUGCCGCAGAGCCACUUAAGAACACCAAUUCCCAGAGUGCUUUGCGUUUUUACGACUCCUGCGUCAGUAGUGCGACGAAAAUCUGCUGCUAAACAAACCAAAUACGGGUGUUUUAAUUACAUCUCUUAAUAAUGGAGUCGGAACAGCCAAAGGAAGACUGCACCACUGCGCAGCCUUCAUCCACACCCGCUUCUCAGUCGAAGAAACCAAGUCAGGCUAUGUAUGUGCCCAAACAACGACUUCCUGCCUCCAAAGACAAAGCUCAGACUCAGGGAGAAGUUAAACCAAGACCUAGGCCUCGCUACACAGACAAGGCACGAAAGAAUGCCAAAAACAAGAAAGACAAGGCUGGAGCCGGGGGAAAGACAGCACCUAUUGAAGGAGAAGAUGGGAGUGAGGUACAGAACGGUGAGAGCAAUCCUGAAGUGAAGGAAGAGUGGCUACAGGAUACAGAGCUGGAGAGCAAUGGGCAGCCUGACUCAACCAGUGGGGAGGCGGCGUCCUCUCCUGAGGAAAAGGCGGAAGAGGAGAGUUGGGACACCUUGUUCAAUGAUGAUGGGGAUUGUCUUGAUCCACACCUGCUUGAGGAGCUGGCUCUGAAAGAAGGAGGAAAAAAGAAGUCCAUCCAGGCAGCCAGAUCUGAUAACUACAACAUGGACCAAGAUGACGAUGAGGACAUCGACCUCACAGAUGACGAACUCUCUCACAUCGUAGAGAUCUAUGAUUUUCCUACUGAGUUUAAGACUGAGGAUCUUCUCAAACUGUUUCAGUGCUACCAACAGAGAGGGUUUGACAUUCAGUGGAUUGAUGACAAACAUGCCCUGGGUCUCUUCUCAAGCCCCAUACCAGCCCGUGAGGCUCUGAGAUCCAAACAUUUGCUCAUGAAGUUGCGACCACUAUCCAAAUCCUCCCCUGCCAUAAAGGCCAAAGCCCGUAGCUGCUCAGACUACCUCCUGCCUGCUAAGGAGAGACCUCAGACGAGUGCAGCACUGGCUCGCCAGCUUGUGAUCGGUGCCCUUGGUGUAAAGAGCAAUGUGACAAAGGAGCAGCGGGAGGCAGAGAGGAAGAAGCUCCAGGAAGCAAGAGAAAAUAAGCGCCUGGCAGUCAAACAGAAGGAGGAUGCUUGGGAGGGGAAGUGACUGGACAGAAUACUACACCCCCCCUACUGUUGUUUGGUUUUAUUUUUUUUGGAUUCCUUGAUUCAGCAGAGGCUAAAACCUUCUAUUACCUCUUCACACUCGAUAAAUACUGUCCUUCUCCUGCUCUGUUUUUCUUAAGCAGACACUCCUUCCUACCACCAUCCAGAAAUGGAUUCCCACCAUUUUUUUUCUUCUUUCGGACACAACAGUCCUUCACCAACUGCUACAGAACAUCCAAUCCUUCUCUGUCUGUUAGCCUGUAGUGUUACAUCACAUGAGAGCGCCCACCUCUGUUACCUAACCUUUAUCUUCAUAUUUAAUUUGUGCAGGGUGUGAAACACAAUAGACUCACUUACUGUGAUAUCUCUAAUAUUGUAACGACGGCUGAGCCUAAUCAUGUCUAAAGGAUAACUAAUUCAUUUAUGUUAUUCAUUUUUGUCUUUAAAUGGACAUUUUAUGUUUGUAAAGAUGAUCCAAAUAAAUCCACCUGUAAAUGUGAGGGGUUAAAUUCAGUCUUCUGAAAUAGUGCAUUGUUAAGAGUAUGUUGGCAGUUGUAUUAAAAGUUGUCAUUUUAAAAAAACGCAGUGUUGCUUGCAGGCAGUUUGAGACUCGCUUCAGUAAAUGGAUUCCAACUGGGCGCGUCUUAUUAAACUUCUUCUAAAAACCUUCGAGUCAGUUCAGUUUC